AUGAAGGGUAUUUUUACUCGGGGGAAGCUCCUUGUCGUCAUUAUUUUGGCAAUUCUCACGUGGUUGCUGCGCAAAUACGUGUUGAGAGAUGGACGUGUGUGUGAUUGUAAGCGAAGGUGCGGGGGAGGCGGCACAUUAGGUAGGACUGGGAGAGGCGGGCUGAGACUUGCGCCGAGGAAAGUAGAUCUCUUUGUUCAGAAGCUUCGAGAGCACGGCGCGACGGUGGCGGAGGAGGCAGCUAUUGUACGACUAUUUCCAAGGCGCUUUGAAGUUAUGGGUCACGUGGUUGUGGUGAAGCUCAACUCUGGCGUGGCGCGGGAAGAAUUUUCAGUCCACGCCAAGGCGUUUGCGGAGUCCUUUUUUCCACGUGUUAUCGAUGUUGUGCUGCUGGACACGGAGGGCAUUGCUGGGGAGCUGAGACUACCAAAAUUAGAGAUGCUCUGGGCGAAUGACACUGCACUGAUAACAAUGCCGAAGGAAUCGGUAAAGUACGCACUAAAACAGUUUAAGGAGCCUUCGUAUAUUUCCCACGAGGAUUUGAAGCGGUUUGAAGCCUACACGGACUCGGUGACGUUUACAACGCAUGUGGAGAAUGGCAUCCGGUAUAGCUUUGAUGUCCGCGAGGUGAUGUUCUGCAGCGGCAAUGGAACGGAACGCAUGCAUUUUGCCGCCGUUAAUGCUCAAGAUGAGGUGGUGGUGGAUAUGUUCGCCGGGAUCGGGUACUUCACGUUGCCCCUUGCAAUGUUUGGUUCUGUCAAAGUCAUUUAUGCGUUAGAAAAGAAUGCGACAAGCGUGGGGUUUCUAAAGUACAAUGCGCUGCAAAACCGGGUCGGGCAUUUGGUCCGUACGUACUGCGGAGAUAACAGGGAGGUGGCGUCGGAGUUGUGUGGCCAGUGCGAUCGGGUGCUCAUGGGUUACAUCCCGUCAUGCGCAGCUUUCUUGCCGCGAGCCAUCUCCUUCUUGAGGCGGUCGCCACAUGGGGAUCCGGUUGGGACGAUUCAUUAUCACUUCUUGUCAGAGAAGAAGACGGCAGUGGAGAGCGUCAAGCAGCAUAUUCGGGCGGAGUUGGGUGAGCGGGUCGCGUCAUUGAUGCGCUUGAGGGAGAUUCGCACGGUGAAGUCGUACGCACCAAAAUUUUUCCAUCACGUCGCAGAUUUUUGCUUCGAGGCAUCGUAG